AUGGAAUCGCCUUCAGAACUUUCCGAGUACGGCAGCGACGAUUUUCCCGAGGACAUCAAAGGAGGCCGCCAUGCCAGCUACGAAGCCACUCCUGACCACGACCAGCGCCCCAACAAGCGACCACGCCUGAAUAUCCGCGCGCCAUCCUCACCACCCCAUAUUAAUACCAUGCCGCCCGAGGAAGAGGACGAGCUGUCGGAAGACACAGAUGGCUCUGUGCCCGCGUCGCCACACCACCACCCGGGCAUGUCGCAAGACGACGACUAUGGCCAGGAACAGGUCACUGUCUGCAAAUGGGACGGCUGCACGGCGGGUGACCUGCAGAACAUGGAUAACCUCGUCGAACAUCUUCAUGAAGACCAUAUCGGUACACGGCAGAAGAAGUAUAGUUGCGAGUGGAGCGACUGCACAAGGAAAGGCAUACCACACGCUAGUGGCUAUGCGCUGAGGGCACAUAUGCGCUCCCACACGAGGGAGAAGCCAUUCUACUGCACCCUUCCAGAAUGCGACCGCUCCUUCACCCGCUCCGACGCGCUGGCGAAGCAUAUGAGAACCGUCCACGAGACCGAAGCACUGCGCCCCUCGGACCCUGUCCCCAAGCACCACUCCUCCAACCCCACAAACAACAAGCAGCGCCUCAAGCUCGUCCUCAACAACGAAGCCAAGAAGCUGCCCCACGACAAAGGCUCCACACCCGGGUCUCCCUCCUCACAUUCGCACCCCCCAAACAGCGCGACGAUCCCGUCCAACGCACCCGCACCCGCACCCGCACCCGACGCCGACUACGCCCACAACAACGUCAUCUACCUGCAAGACCUCGCCAACCCCUCCGCCCCACCGCUCGUCCAAUUCCCAUCGGACAUCGAAUUCACCCCCGAAGAGCUCCAGCGACCCGCCCCCGAACUCUUCCAACUCCUGCGCCGCCAACUCCUCUGGGCAACGCAAGAAGGCGAACAACUGCGCGCCGAAGCCGAGGAGCUCGAACACACCCGCCAGGAAGAAUGGCAAGCCAAAGAACUCCUCUUCGAGAACUACAUGGAAGCACAAGCCGCAACCGAGCGACGGCGCCGCGUCGAUCAAGGCAUGCCCGACGACAUGGAAGGCUGGCAAUCCGUUGAAAACGACAUCCAGCCCGCGAAGGCCCUGCCCAUCUUACCCCGAGAAGGCAAAUUGCCGUGGUGGCGCGACGACACUCAGCAACAACCGCGGAUUAAGGAGGAAGCGGUUCAGCCUAGGCCGCCUCCCGCGCAUAUCCAACCUAUCGAAGAGCCCCAGCCUCAGGUAUCCGUUCUGUAG